GCCAAGAAUGAGCAGCUUACCGCCUUGAGCUUACCACGAUCUAUGGCGAGAUUUGACGCGGCAGAAUGACGUUGUUAGGAUGUUAGCCAGGGCCUUGUUAUAAGACUAGCCCUAUAGCAAGGCCUUGGCUAUAAUCAAAGCUUGAAAAGUAAAAUAACAUGAGCCAAAUGGCAAGGUAGAAAUGUUAGGUAGCUCUUCCUUCAUUCGCAUUUUGGAAUGUUGAUUAAUCAGAGAAGCAAAGCUGAUCAGUUAAAUAUAAAGUAAGCAUUAUUUGCAAGUUGCUCAUGAAUAAUUUACUCACACUUGACAUAUAUAAUGCUACAUAAGCGACGAGCUCACCACAGCCAAGGAGCAUGGUGAAUAUCAUCAGCAAACGCAAGCGGCGAAUCUCCAACCGCUGGAUGCUGUCCGGGAUCGUCGCGCUAUCCCUCACCAUCGCGGGGAUGACGGUCGUCACCAGCGUCAUCCAGCAGCCGGCAGCACGACACGAGGCCGCUGCCAACAGCUCCAGCUGGCUACAGGACGCAGAAGAGCACGUCCGGCUGCUGGCUAGGCGUGCCAACGUAACCCAUCCACCUCACCCGCGGAUUAACCGUCGGCCGAGCAUCGCAGACGACAGUUCACAGCUGUGGCCGAGAGACGCCAGCUACGCAGCCGAUCGCCUGCGUAGGCGGAAGUCAGCCGGCAGUCUCAACAUCACCAAGCCGCCGCUGUACCCGAAUGGCACCCAGCUCUCCAACCUCAGCGAUUUCACCUUCGUCAUCAACAACGACGUGUGUGGCUAUGAAAAGGUUGACAUAGUGAUGGUGGUGACGUCGGACACGCGUCAGCCUUCAUGGCGAGCCGAAGUUCGUGCCGCGCUGCCCUCGGCCAUACUAGAGGAGUUGCGCAUGCGACGCGUCUUUCUUCUGGCCCAGCUGGCUCCGCCGGCUGACAGCCGUAUGUACGACCAUCGGAUGGCUGCUAUACAGGCCGAAAACUACGCGUACGCUGACAUCGUCGUCGGCAACUUCCUCGACACCUACCGCAACCUAACCUACAAGCAUCUGAUGGGCCUGCGCUGGGCCAGCGACUACUGUCCGCAGGCGCGCUUCAUCCUCAAGAUGGACCACGACACCGUCGUCGAUGUGUUCCGACUGACCCGGCGACUGGAGGAGCUGCCCGAGGGCACAGUCGGCUCCGACGCCCUUCUAGGCGUGACCUACGCCGGCAGCCAGCCGAUUCGCAAUCCUAACAGCAAGUGGUACGUCUCGGAGCUGGAGUACCCGGAGAGCACCUACCCCUACUACAUGUCCGGAUGGCUCUAUCUGAUCACGCCAAGCGCCGCUGCCAGGCUCGUGGCCGCCAGCAGUAACCAGCCCUUCUUCUGGGUGGACGACGCCUUCGUCACGGGGGUGCUGCGUCAGCAUGAAGCACCCGACAUCCAAAUGCUCGACUUUGAAACCCUGUGGCUCUAUAUUGAUGAAGAUGGCAAAGGCUACAGCCCGAUGACAAUGUACCUGGCCUGCGUCUACGAGUGCGUCUCUGACGAGCAGGCCUCGGUGUCCCAGUGCCCGGUGAUGAUUGGGCCCGUCUGGAUGAACCCGGUCGUGAUGCGUCUGUUCUACGGGCACGCGCAGCACUGCCACACUCACGGCUGUGCGCUCCGCAAACGGAUACCGGUUUCCUGCGCCAACGGAUGGGAAGGCUACGAACGGCGUAACAUGCCAGAGAAGUUCAGCGAUAUUGGCGAUGUCACCGAUGCAACCAACAGAUGACAAUGGCUGACGUUGUUGUACGGGCUGUGGGCAUGUUAUACCGCCGUGCGGAGCUUUGGUGUGGUCGUGGUAAUCGGACAUGAAGAAGCCGAACGGGGAAUGACCUGUGACAUGUUGUUUCCCGUCGCCCGAAACCUGUCUCAGUCGAGACCCCAUGAAGUAAGGCUAACAAGGUUACAAGCUGUCAGUCUGAAAAAAACAGACUCGCACAACAGUCAAAAGAGGACUGAUGAUCACCCCCAGGCAGUCGACAAUGUCACCAGCUCACAAGACCGCUGUCCUAUGACCGACCCAGCCAGCGACGAGCGCGCUGGAAUCCGCUGGGGGUGUUCCAUGCCACCUGACAUCUUUACACCUUUUUGCACUCAAAAUAGGCAUCUUUUCAUUCAAUUUCGGCGAAUUGCAUUCAAUUUUAGCGAUCUCUCAUUUGCUUCGAAUAGAGAGAUCGCUAAAAUUGAAUGCAAUUCGCCGAAAUUGAAUGAAAAGAUGCCUAUUUUGAGUGCAAAAAGGUGUAUUUUCCAAGUGUUCAGGAAAGUGGAGACGGAUGGAGCGGACCGUCGCAGGCAAAGCCGACAUCGGCUCAGAUAAUCGUUAGAUCAGCUCAAAGUCGUGUAAUUUGCUUUGUUUUUAGAGCCGCAGAGCUGGGUCCAGCGACACCUAUUCGUGAAUAUGGAGAGCUGCGCCUGUUUUAGUGACCGAUAUAACGGCGGGGUUAAUCACAGACACCUGUACAUCAGAGGUCAGCUGGAUAUGUGUCAGUGUAUGGGAGAGAGCAUCCCGGUACGAGUGUAGUCAGUCAGGUAAAGUUACGCAGAGAUGAGAGAUGUAACGACAGCGGGGUGGGCCCGUGGCCGUGUCGUCACCGCCGCGCGGCGGAACUCACCUCGUUCAUGGUGGCCUCCCGCUCGGCAGGGUUGUAGACGCACGUAAACAGCUGAAUGCGGUUAAUGUCGCCCAUCACGUUGGUCUUGUCCGGCGUCUGCUGCACCUUCAGACGAAUCUCGUUCUGCGGAAAUAGGCCGCUCAGUCAGUGAAAGAUGCCUAGAUAACGAUGGAGGGGAAGCACGCCAAGCUCGUACAACACCGCACGCGCAAAGCACACUUCACAAAGCGAGGGUGUUUAUCACACCGGUAUCAAUGAGUGUAUUAUCAUCUAUGUCACUAACUGAAUAAAAUGAGCUUUGCUGGAUCA